AUGGUUUCGCUUUGCGAAUGUCGGUUUUUAAAUCGGGCAUUAACAAUUGAUGAUAUAUCAAAAAAACCAAAUUGUAAUAACCUUAAAUUUAAACGUGCUUUUCAAUUUCUUCAGUUUCUUCUUAUCCAACGUGUUUAUGGUAUGGAUGUAAUAAAAUGUUCAGGAGUACGAAAACCAUUAAAACAUUCUCAACAAGAACAAGAACAAGAACAAGAACAACAACAAAAUUAUCAAGUUUUUUUAGGUGGUUCAUGUAAUCCUACAACAUGGCGACAUGACCAAGCUAUACCUUAUUUUCAAUCACGUUCAGUUUCUUUUUUUAAUCCACAAGUAACUGAUUGGACACCGGAUCUUAUUGAAAUAGAACAUCGUGCAAAAGAAUUAGCUCCACUUCUAUUUUUUGUUAUUGAUCAUGAUACUCGAGCAUUAGCAUCAAUUGUUGAAGUAUGUUAUUUAGCGGCACGUGGAAGAAGUAUUAUUGUUGUUAUGAAUCCAAUGCCAGAUAAAAACCAUACAAAAUUUGUUCAACAAAAAACUAACAUUCAUGAAAAAGAUACUGAAGAUGAUUAUGAAAAUGUUUGUAAAGCUCGACGAACACUACGUACAUUACUUCAAAAUAUGAGUAUUCCAGUUUUUGAUGAUCUUCGAUUAGCUCUUCAAUGUGCUGCAUAUAUACUUGAAACAACUAAACAUACAGUAAUAAAUCAUAGUGCGUGUAACGAUGACAAUAAAGAAGAGAAUGGUCAACGAGAUCCUCUUUCGCCAUUAACAAUGUCACCAAAUGAUGUCAAUAAUUGUCGGUCAUCAUCAGUUGUUGUUAUCCGUUCUCUUUCAAACAAAACAACUUUUGAGUCAUCUGAUGAUUUUUAUCGACAAAUGUACCAAUCAGAAUUACCAUCAGCUCCUUCAAAACUUCUUCAGCGACGUAUGAGUUCUUCAUCUGAAUCAAAUCGUCAUCAAUAUCGUGUAACAUCCAUUUCCACAAAAACACAAUUAUCAUGUUCAACAAAUGAAAGUGAUGAUGAUGGGUAUAGUUCACUUGCAUCAAGCAAUCGUACUUUAUCCAUAUCAUCAUCAUCAUUAACAUCUGAAUUAUUUGAAGCUACUACAGAACAACAACGUGAAGAAAAUUGUCUAGGAUCAAAUAAUAAAUCACCAACUUCUAUGAUGAAUAAUUUUAUAUCAAAUUUUUAUUCUUAUAUACCUUUUGUACGUCCUUCAACUCCACCAGAUUCAUCUGUUUCACAAUCACUCUUGGUUUUAUUUACACUUCCUUUUCGUUUUAUCAAAAAUACUCUUCUUUCUGCUACUUUACCAUCAUCAUCAACAACAAUAUUUUUUCCAUCACCAGAACCAGUUAUUUUAGAACCACCUUCGCCUAUCUCUUCUUCUUCUUCUCGAUUGUCAAACUAUACGUUCGAUAUAUAUAUAGCUUCCGGUGAAAAUGAUGAAUAUUGGGUUAAUAAAAUGGUAAUACCAGCAUUUGAAAAAAUUAAUCUUACUUUUACAAAACGACAAUCUUAUCGUGAUAAUGAUCAAAGCGAUUCUUUAAAUGAUCUGCAUGUAUGCAAACAAUCAAGUGUAUUAUAUUAUUUAAUUAAUGGUAGCGAACGUUUAUCACACUUAGCUACUGAACUUGCAUUUCUUAUUGGUGAACGUAAACAUAAAAUAAUUGUUUAUCUCCAAUCAACUAUUGAUGAAAAUACAGAACAUAUAUUAUCACCAUGUGAACGACGUGAUAUUCAACGCUCGAGAAAAUAUCUAGAAGAUUUAGCACGAAAAGAGAAAAUAACAUUGUUUCAUUCACGUCAUGAAAGUUUGCAAGGGUAUUACGAUAAACGAUUAGAAACUAUGGCAUUUACUUUUGGUACACCUACAUCGACUGUUGAUUCGGAUGAUUAUAUUUCAUCGAUAACAACAAUGUCUGAUCGAUCUGACGAACAACAGCAACAACAUUUGACAAUAUCUGAUCAUGCAUCACGUACUGUUUCAAAAAUUGCAUCCUAUUUUCGGCAAGGUUUUUUAUGUGAUGUUGUUUUUAUUUGUGGUCAUGGACAACUAAAACAACGAAUUGCAGCUCAUCGUCUUGUUAUUGCAACUUUAUCUGAUUAUUUUCGUGCUAUGUUUGAAAGUAAUAUGCUUGAAACAAAACAACGUGAAAUUAUUAUCAAUGAUGUUGAUCCAGAUGCAUUUGAAAAACUUAUAUUAUAUGCAUAUGAAGGUCAUCUUGACAUUCAUCAAGAUAAUGUUACAAAUGUUCUUUGUGCUGCACAUAUGUUUAAUAUAAUAGAAAUAAUUGAAAGUUGUUGUAAAUAUAUUGAAAAACAACUUCAUCCAUCAAAUUGUCUUGGUAUAUAUAAAUUUGCUUUACAACAUGAUUUACAUGGAUUAACACAAACUUCUUGGAAUUAUAUUCUUGAACAUUUCACAAAUGUAAUUCAAAAUAAUCAUGAAUUUUUUGAAUUAUCUUUUGAUGAAAUUAAACAACUUUUGACAUCUGGUGAUAUCAAUGUGCAAUCAGAAGAAAUUGUUUUUGAAGCAUUCCUUUCUUGGAUUGUUUAUGAUAAAAAACGACAAACUGAUCGUUUAGCACAAUUAUUUGGUUUAAUAAGAUUACCUUUAAUUGAUAAAAAAUAUCUAACAGAUUAUAUUGAUACGAAUCAAAUUUUUAAAGAUGAUUCUUUAUGUCAGAUGCUUAUUGUUGAGACAAUGCGUUAUCAUUUAGCGCCUGAAAAACGUUCGUCAAUGCAAUCAAUAAGAACUAAACCAAGAAAAGCUACACUUGGCUCUCUAUAUUGUCUUGGUGGAAUGGAUAGUGCUAAAGGUCCACAGACUAUUGAACGAUACGAUUUUCGAACUCGUUCUUGGCAACCUGAUGGUCAUUUAAAUACUCGUCGUUGGCAAUUUGCUUGUGUUAUCUUGAAUAAAAAAUUAUAUGUAUGCGGAGGACGAGAUGGUCUCAAAACAUUAAAUAGUAUAGAAAUAUUUGAUUUUCAAAAGAAAACAUGGAAUGUUGGACCACCCAUGCUUACUAAUCGUCACGGUUUAGGUGUUGGAUGUAUUGGUGGACCAUUAUAUGCUAUUGGUGGUCAUGAUGGAUGGAGUUUUCUUAAUACAGUUGAACGUUUUGAUCCAGAAACUUGUGUAUGGUCAUAUGUUGCAUCAAUGGCUAAUGUACGAUGUUCACUUGGUGUUACUGUACUUGAAAAUCGAAUUUAUGCUGUUGGAGGUCGAGAUGGUGCUGCAGGUCUUCGUGAAGCUGAAUUUUAUGAUCCACAUACUAAUCGUUGGUCACCGUGUGCACCAAUGCAGAAACGUCGUGGAGGUGUAGCUGUAGUUGCUUGUAAUGGAUUUUUAUUUGCGAUAGGUGGUCAUGAAUCAUCGGCAACAAAUAAAUGUACUGUUCGUCAUGAUGAUGGUGAACGUUAUGAUCCAAGAAGUGAUCAAUGGACAUUAAUUACUUCAUUAAAUCGACCUAAAGAAGCUUUAGCUAUUGCUGCAGUUAGUGAUAAAUUAUAUAUUGUUGGUGGUUUUGAUGGAAAAGUACUUGAUGAAGUUGAAAAAUAUGAUCCAGAGAUAGAUAAAUGGACGAAAUGUCCAUCGUUGGGAACAAAAAGAGCCGGUGCUUGUCUUAUUCAUGUUCCUAAUUCUAUUCAUCAAUCAUCAUUACCAAUAUCAUCAUCAUCAUCAUCCUCAUUUUCAUCAUUAUCUUUGCUUACUACAAGUUCUUAUACUUUAUCGUCACCCACAUCAUUUGCUAAACGAAACAAAGAUGUCUCAGCUAGUUGUCAUCAAUUAAGUCGUCUUGUUCUUUCAUAG